CGUACUUUAUCCCAUCCCAUAAAACAUUAUAAGACAUCGAAGUCCCAAAUAACAUCGGAUCCAUCAACAUUGACAAGGAAGCUCGAAACCUUUCGAUAUCUAAAGGAUACGGAGGCGGCGAAUUUGCGAAUCUGAAAAACAUCGAGUCAUGGCAAAGAGGCUCCUGUUCAGUGGCGAAUUUCAGAACGGAGCUUUCUAAUUUAAAAAAACUACAGCAGAAUUUAAAGAGAAGCUGUCAAACAGCUGUUAAUCCUGGAGCAGGUGAAGGCAUGAGUGCUGCUGAUCUAGGCCUAUUGUUGAGGGGGGAGGGUGGUAAUGAAGACGUAUUGUUGGAAAUACUAGCUAGACUACCAAAUAGUCGAAAUGCAAUUCAUGGAGGCUUGGUGUGUCACCUUUGGCAUUCCCUCAUCUCUCAGCAGCAGUUUAUUCCCAGGUUUAUAGGCCUCCGGGAACAAAAGAAGAAAGAGCAGCCUUAUUCCAUCAUAUUCCGCAUGGUAGAUGUUUUUGAGCGAGCUCCAGAUGAGUAUUAUCGGCCCAUCUGCAAUCUAUUUUCGGAAGAAUCCAUGGUUCUCCACGGGGGAGAAACAGUCACAUCAUGUAGAAGUUAUCCUCCUUCAGGCAGCCGCGGCGGCGUCCAGCCACCUUCACCCAACAUGGUCAUAGGAGCAUCUUGCGGUGACUUGCUACUGUUGUCUCAAGGUGAACGCUACUAUAAGGGUCCAAACUCCCACUAUCUCUGUAAUCCAGUAACCAAACAGUGGCUCCAUCUCCCCGAUGUUUGGUUCGGAGACUUCUUGAUUGGGUUUGCAGUAGUACGCAUGCCGCCCACCCGUAACAGCAGUGGCAGUUAUGAAUACAAGGUGGUUUUCAUCCAUUUUCCCCAUGAUCGUGGAGACAAUGAUUUUGCUCGGCUAGGGGACAGUUGGAAGUUUCAGAUGUCAAUUUAUUGUUCAAAAUCAAGAAAAUGGAAUGUUAAUUCAUGGUUUCGAUAUCCUGUACCCACUACCACCAAGACCCCUAGGCUUUUCAUCAACCCAAUCACUUGUAAUGGAACUAUUUAUUGGUUCAAUUGCGAUGUUGUUCCUGACUAUGUCAUUGCCUGUGAUUUGGCGAACAAUCCCCACUCUACUGCCUUUAUCGACCUUCCUGAAGGCUCUUUGGCUGGUGGUGGGAGUGUUGUUUCACUAGAGUUGGGUGCUGUCCAGGGGGAACUGAGAUUAUUCAACGUGUUCUGCCCGUCGUCGCGUGACCCGCAGCAGCCUCUUGAUCUCGUUGUUGUUAAAGUUUGGGAGUUGAAUCACAGAACCAAUUCUUGGACUCUCGUUCAUGACACAUGCUUCAAUGAUCGGCCGCCGCCUAAUGGCAUGCAAGUAGAAGAAGAAGAAGAAGAAGAAGAAGAAAACAAGUUCAACAUCCGUACGGUUGCUUUCCAUCCACACGAUGGGGACGUGGUCUUCUUGGUAUGCGGCUGUGGUGUUUUCCGGUAUCACAUAUCACGGGGUGUGUAUGAGAAAGUAGAUGAGCUCUGUAGUGUUUUCCGGUAUCACAUUACUCCACAAGGUGUGUUUGAGAAAGUCGACGAGCUCCUUCAUUCUGUGCCUCCAAACGAGCUUCUCACGUCAUUCACUCUCCUCCACUCUAUCUGGCCCAACACCAUGUUGCUCUCUCCUUCCGAAUAGAAUAUUAAUUGUUAUUACUAUAUUGUUAUUGUGCACACACUUACUAAUAGAAGAACAUUAUUGGUUGGGGAAUGUAAUCUUGACCAUGAGGCCGGGUUUUCAACAUUUGUCCUACAUUUUGAAAUUCUGUACCUUUUGUCCUUACAUUUGAUUGUUCCCCUCCCACUGCUCCUUUUUUCUUGUGCUCACUCAUUCUUUGUAUGUGAUUGCAUUAGACUAUGUCAUCUUAGACUCGUGCUGGCCGCUUGAAACAGGACAUCCAUUGUAUGUCAUUUCAAUAAAAUAAAGUAUUCUAAUUGGAAUCCGAGUAAAUGU